CGUCACGGCGCAGUCUUUUCAGUCUCUCUGGGUGGCGGCAGACAGUCUGUCAGCGCCUAAAACACGACUCCGAAUAAAACAGUAAAAACUCGGGACGUUACCACAAACAUGAAUCUGCGUCGCAGCUAAAGGAUCCAAUGGGAAGGCAGAGUCUGGCUGUGUGCAUACUGAAAGGUAGCGCUGAGAGUCACCUGAGAAGUUGUACAAUGCAGUGAACCAAAUGGGGCAUUGCAGUACUCAAAUCAUCGUCCUAUUCCUGCUUCAAUUCUUACGGACAUCAGCUAAAGAUGUCUCCAUCGACUGCAUGUGUGUCGGCAGCGACUGUAAUGAGCAGCAGUGCAUCGGAGAUCAGUGUUACACCUCUGUUAUCAUUAGCAAUGAUGUGACAACAUUCAAACGUGGCUGCCUUAUUGGGCCGGAGAGCAAGCGCAUGACUUGCUCCGCAACACCCUCGGCUAGUCAUGUCGUCGAAUGCUGCUCUCAACAUAUGUGCAACGCCAACGUCUCCAAAGAGACCCUUCUUCGACUGCUGCUGACAAGUCCAGAAGGACAGGCAGCUGUGCAUUACCGUGUGGAGAUGCUGGUUCUCUUUGUGUUGGGGCCUUUUGUGGUUCUGGGUUUGCUGUCUGUGCUGGCUUUGCUGGUGUGCCGUAGACUUCAUCACGGUCGUCUGGAAAGAUUGCACGAGUUUGACACUGAGCAGGGGGCCAUUGAUGGGCUCAUUGCAUCUAAUGUCGGAGACAGCACACUUGCGGAUCUGAUGGAUCACUCCUGCACAUCAGGAAGUGGUUCAGGACUGCCCUUCCUGGUUCAGAGGACGGUUGCACGGCAGAUCAGCCUGGUAGAGUGUGUCGGUAAGGGACGGUAUGGGGAAGUGUGGAGAGGUCAGUGGCAAGGAGAGAAUGUAGCCGUGAAGAUCUUCUCUUCCAGAGAUGAGAAGUCAUGGUUUAGAGAGACCGAAAUAUAUAACACCGUUCUACUACGCCAUGAAAAUAUAUUGGGAUUCAUGGCUUCUGAUAUGACCUCCCGAAACUCUAGCACUCAGCUGUGGCUCAUCACACACUACCAUGAGAACGGCUCACUCUACGACUACCUGCAGCGUGUUGCUGUGGAGAUGGCAGAUGGACUGCACAUGGCGGCGUCAGUAGCCAGCGGGCUGGUGCACCUGCACACGGAGAUCUUUGGCACUGAGGGCAAACCGGCCAUCGCUCACAGAGACCUGAAGAGCAAGAACAUCCUGGUGAAGAAAGAUCUGCAGUGCUGCAUCGCUGAUCUGGGUCUGGCAGUAACGCACACGCAGUCUGACAAUCAGCUGGAUGUGGGAAAUAAUCCUAAAGUGGGAACUAAGCGCUACAUGGCACCAGAGGUUCUAGAUGAGACCAUUCAGACAGACUGUUUUGAUGCCUAUAAGAGGGUGGACAUCUGGGCCUUUGGGCUGGUGCUGUGGGAGAUCGCUCGUAGAACCAUCAGUAACGGAAUUGUAGAAGAAUACAAGCCGCCUUUCUACGACCUGGUGCCUAAUGACCCCAGCUUUGAUGACAUGAGGAAAGUGGUUUGUGUGGAGCAACAAAGGCCGUUUAUUCCCAACCGCUGGUUUUCAGAUCCUACCCUGUCUGCUCUGGUGAAGCUGAUGAAAGAGUGCUGGUACCAGAACCCCUCGGCUCGACUCACCGCCCUGCGCAUCAAAAAGACUCUGGAUAAAAUCCACAGCUCACUGGAGAAGGGCAAAACCGACUGCUGAGGAGAGAGAGCCGCAGAACUACUGACCGCUCACCCGCUCAUUCUACAGACACUGUGUAACCAGACCGUUGGAUUCGAGCUCUGGCAUCUGUCCCAACUCUAACAUGCUGUUUAUUCGCUUUGUUCUUCCUGUCCAUUGGCCUAAAAACUUUUUAUAGAGAAUUACCCUCUCUUUUUAUGGAAAAUUUUUCCCACUGAACCCGGUGGGACUCCCAUUUCCCCCUCCAGAAACAGCGUAAAGGAGAAAAAUACGGACACGGUCUGACAGGCCUUGAAUUGAACCCUUCAUGGAAUUUUUUUAGCGCCAUCACAUUGUCUAUUCAACCAUUGGCAAACUUUUAAGAUUUGUACUUUUCGGAAAAAUUGAAGAGGAUGGAUACACACGCCGAAAUACCCAUAGUGUGUGUGUGUGUGUGUGAGUGUGUGCAUGAUUCUUAAUGCAACCAGAAGAACUUUAAAGCUGUAAUGUCACUUGCUUUUAGAAAUCUGAUGUUUUUGAGCUUUUCAAAGAUUCUUGUAGAUAAAUAGGCAAAAAUAAGUCACCGUUUCUGAAUUUGCUAUAGUGGACUUGUGUUAUAAAGCUCUUUGGUUACAAAAUGCCACUAUGUACAGUAGAGAAGUACAGACUAGUGUCUUUAAUUAGGCCUGUUUAGUGAUCAGAAUAGAGUGGUUAAAAAGGUAGUUCACUCAAAAAUGCAAAAUCUGUCAUCAGUCCUGUCAUUCUAAAGUUUAAUAACAGAAAAAGACGUUGCUCUUUUUCCACAGGUCAAGUGCAUAUAGUGACCAGGGACUGUCAGGGUCCCUGAAAGUGAAAGAAACAUCGUCAAAUAAGGUUAUGAAAUGGCAUGAUGACAGAAUUAAUUUUUUGUGUGUGAACUUUCUCUUUAUCCCAGUCUGGUCAUGCUCAUGGCACCCCAUGAGGGCUUCCUUUGACACAAGGCCUUUCUGACCUGUUGCCUCUAUGCCUGCCUGACAAAAGCCAUUGUAGCACAUCGUAGUGCUUUUUUUUUGUAGCCGUUUGUCUUUCUCUUUGCCCUCACCGGCAUGCGUACUUGAUGUUUGUUCACUGACAAUCAGCCGCUGUCAAAUAGGGCCUGAAUUAUUUGCUAAUGUUAUGUACAAAAACCCUACUUAGGAGUGUCCAAGGUGUCGUGUCAACACAUUAACAUAUUCAUAGUCAGAAACAGACUCUGGUUUUGUGAAUUUGCAUAUUUGUUUACUCUUACGCUUUUUGACACUUUUGUACCACAUGCGCCAUAAACCGAGAGAACGCUGAUGAUUUUUAAAUUUGAAACGUUUUGGACUAUUUAAAAGUGCAACGUCACUCUAAUAUAGGAUCUAUGAGGUUUAAGAAGGAAAACAUUACUGCUUUGUCCCAAGUCGAAAUGGUUUGUGUACGUUGCUUUUGGUUUGGGUUGAGUUGUGUGGCGUUUUAUUAAGAAUUCGUUGAUGCUUUCAUGACACACUACAUGAGGCGGCUGCGUACCGCUCAACACUGGUCACUUUUGCUCUCCCAAAAAUGGACGAACGUUUACAUAUUUGUGUUCCACAGGGGAACGAUGUUAGGAAUUAGAGUAAAGGAAUUGUUGCGUUAUGAACUGUGAAUAUGUUAUAAUGAAGAAACCGUAUGUAUGAUGUUACUGGAAUAUAAAUGCAAGACACGGUUAUGAAUUUAAAAAAAAUGCUCUUUUCAUUCGUUAAAACAUUGAAAUGGUUUUUCUGUCACGUGCUUGUGCUUAACAAAAGGUUGCCCAUGCUGUGAUAAUGCUUUCUUUUUAGCUGUAAAUUUUAAGAAUCGUGUUUUGCGGAUUAUCAUGCAUCUGUCUUGCAUUUUCCUGUACAGGGAGAUGAGCUAAAUGAAGCAUUAGGAAAAGGUUCCCCAUUGUCUGAGUCUGCUGGGAAAUGACCUUCUUAUCUCUGGUGAUGUUUACAGGAGGUCUGCAGCCGCUCUCUGAUAACCAGUGCUAUUAUAGCUGGUAGUACAACAGCUGAAGCUAAUGAGAACGUAAAUGCCAACUGAUUUGAAGAUGCAAGAUCAGUUGUAGUCCGCGUUAGCAACCAUCUUUAAAAACUGGAUCUGAAAUAAGCCAAGAUGUAGUUCCGCUGCUUUCUUUUCGGAUGUAGUUUUCCUAUAGAAAGGCACAUUUGUUUUCCGUUUAGCACGACGGACAGAUCCUUUAUGAAUUUGUAUGCGAUUGGGGGGUUCAUCAGUUUAUGCCAUGAAAAUGGCUUCAGCCAUUGUUAACCAAAAUAUUUUAUUGUCUAAAUGGAUUGAACAACUUUGUUAGUGAGGAUCAUUAGACACGAUUUGGUGUAUAUACAUGCUGUAAAAUAAAAUCUCAUGCUGAGCUUUCGUUUGAA